AUGUCUUUGUCCUCCACAUCCACCAUCAAGGGCCAGCUCGUUGCCAGUCUUGGAUCAAAGUCCAAUGAGUACUUUGAAACGCUUCAACAGUUUGUAGCAGGAAAGAUCUCCCGAACCGAGUUUGAGGAUGGCGUUCACCACAUUCUCAACGCACCAAAUCUCAUUCAACUUCACAACGCCAUGAUAAUUUCGCUAUUCGACGCUACGACAUACUAUAAACGGCCCCCUUCCCCACCCCCCGAUGUUCCCAAACCGCCUCCUCGUAAACGGCAGCGAGUGCUACCUUAUCAAGGGCCAGACGACGAGGACGACGGUUCACUCAGGUCAUCUAGACUUAAGAAAUGGACGAUAUCUGUAGGGAAACGGGAACGAGAUAGGUUGAAGAACCUACCGGCCCUGCCCCCUCCAAUAGACCCCCCUCGUCCGCGCGCCGAAACGGAUGAAAUAGCUCGGGAGCGAGGUGUAACUCUCCUCUCGGAACGUGGAGAUCCCCCUGGAAGUCGCUUACCGUUACACCUACUUUCCAUCACCAGGGCGCCAACUCUGCAACACAUAACAGACAAGGUCAAUCUAGUUUGCGCGCAAAACAACCUUGGACAGCCAUCACGCCUAGUUGCGUCGCUCGUGAACAUCGCGUACGAGACACAUAUCAAGAAGCUGAUCUCGCAUGCGUUGACGCUUUCCUCGACUUCGAGUUCUAUAUCAUCCAUCCAGCCGUCAAUUCAUCGUAAUCGGUCUCAUACCCUGACGCUGUCAGACUUUGAGACGCUAUUCACGAUCUCGCCGUCGAUUCUUCCAAACAACUCUGCAGCCGCCUCCCGACUUGCGCUUGAUGACGGGUCCGGGUAUGUGGACGAUGACGAGCCAGCAGUCCUCAAGGAUCGGGAGGUAAGAGAUCAACGGUGGCAAAUGUUCGCGCUGCUGGGCGAACGCAGUACGGUCAAAGAAGCUUUACGAAACAUCAAGCAUGUGUAG